AUGAGGCUGAGGCACGGGCGCAGGGCGACGCUCGCGCUCACUCUGAACUUUGUGGCGUUCGCGUUCGCCUUGUCCGCCGUCACCACGAGCUACUGGUGCGAGGGGACCCGGAAAGUGGCCAAGCCCUUCUGCACGGGGCCCCCUCUUAAGGUGAAACAGUGGUACUGCAUCCGCUUUAACAGCUCCAACGUGAACGACUCCCGCCUGGUGCAGUACAUCUUUGAGACCGGAGAGGAGAAGUUUCUGCUCAGGAAGUUUCACACCGGAAUUUUCUUUUCCUGUGAACAAGCUGCAGAUAUGAACGGGUUCGACUGCCGGGAUUUCUCAGAGAUCGCUCCUGAACAUGAACGAGGAGUGCUGUGGCUGUGCAUCGUGGCAGAGUCUCUGUACCUGUCUCUGCUCUUUACCGGAGGCGUCCUCAUGGUCCUGGAGCAGUGUCCCUGUUUCAGCCUCAUCAACAAACUCAAGCUCAGUGCCUUCGCUGCCCUCUGCACGGCCGCCUCAGGUCUGUGUGGGAUGGUGGCCCACAUGAUGUUCACCACAGUGUUCCAGUUGGCCGUUGCCAUGGGACCUGAGGACUGGAGACCAAAGACCUGGGACUACAGCUGGUCCUAUGUUCUGGCCUGGGGCUCCUUUGGGACCUGUAUGGGGUCUGCAGUCACGGCUCUGAACCGUUACACCAAAACCAUCGUGGAGUUCAAGUACAAACGGAGAAACAUCGCCAAAAACCUGGUCCUCAAACAGAAGCUCCUGGAGCUGGACCUACUGGACUACGACCCCUGUGACCCCUACAACCCCAAGAUGACCUAUGACCCUUGUGACCCUGAGGUCACCUUAGGUUGUAACCUUAAAGUGACCUGCGACCCCGACGUGACCUAUGCCCCCUGCGAUCCAGAGGUCAUCUUCACCCCCUGUGACCCAGAGUGUGACCCCGACAUGACCUAUGACCUCGGCAACCCCGAGGUGACCUGUGACCUCCACCUCAACGGACGCCCCCUACAGGAAGUGCGAGUGAACUGA